AUGGCUUCUGCCCUUUUUAAACAUGGCAACUUGACAAUUACACUAUUACUUACUGUAAGCAACCUUUACUUUAUUUUCACUGAUAAGGUUGCCAAUGGAGGUGUCAGUGUGAUGUGGUGUGAGCUAUGCCAGGGUAACUUCUUUGAUGAGUAUCAGAUGGAAGGGGUGUGUGCAGAACAAAAUGAGAUUUACUUGGAACUGAUUCCUCAAAACCUUUCUGGGGCAUUGAAAACUGCCCAGAAUGCCAAAACAGUGAAAAUGAAGCUCACAAACAAGCAGUGUCCUUGUCUUACAUUGACAGUGGAGUUGGUCAGCAUUUAUUUGCCAGCACUGAAAACCAUGAAGAGCAUUGUGGAGAGAAUAAAGAACCUAAGUAAUUUUAUAGUCAUUGAAGCAAAUUGAAAUGGAGAAAUUAACUUGAAAAUAGAAACAGAUUUGGUGUCGGUCUCAACUCAUUUUAAAGAUCUGGGAAACCCACCCUGGGGUAAGAUGUGA